AUGGAGCCGUCGCGGCUCUUGAAGCUGCCACCCGAAAUGCGGAACCUGAUUUGGGAAUACGCUCUGCACGAGCAACACCCGGUCAGAAUAUCGCGCAGCAACUCGGCAGAAGCACCAUUACUACGCACGUGCAAAAAGAUCCGAAAUGAAGGAGAGCUAAUAUUCUACGAUACCAACGACUUCGACGCUAUCGUAACAAUGUUCGACUGGCAACACGUCGCCCACUGGCUCCGCCACAGACCACCAGAGAAACUCUUCUUGAUCAGAAGCCUCACCCUAAAGCUUGCAUUACCCGGUGUCGACUCCACUUGGCCUCCGCUGCCUCGACAACCACCUAACAUCAGCAUCAGCACCGAGCUCAAAUACCGGCGCCCACCCAAAGGUAUCCUCAUAGACGCCUUCGAGAACAAGGAUUUCGGGGGCCGCGACACUGCUAGUGUUGUACACGUCUCCGUCAACGGCGGCACGGAUACGGAGAGGAUUUACGAAGAGCUCAAGCCUUCGAGACAGAAUCAUGUGGCGAGGUUGCUGUUGCUUUUUCUGUCUUAUGGCCGGGAGGCGCUGGAUGAUGUGGGGGCGGAGACGACGGCGGAGGGAGUGCGGGUGGAGCGGACGAAGGUCGAUGAUCGGUUGGAGGAGGCUGUGCGGAAACGUUCUCGGUGA